AUGGCUUCCUCCAGCAGUCUCCUGUCAGAGGAGCAGUUCCAGUGUCCUAUCUGUCUGGAUGUGUUCACUGAUCCAGUCUCUACUCCAUGUGGACACAACUUCUGUAUGACCUGUAUCAAAGGAUUCUGGGACAGCAGUGACUCCUGUCGGUGUCCAAUGUGUAAGAGGAAGUUUGAGAAGAGACCAGAGCUCUUUGUCAAUACAAUGUUUGCUGAUUUAACGGCUCAGUUCAGGAAGUCAGUUGAGGUGAAGGCCAGCAGUAUCCUACAGAUACCUGCUGUUAAAACCAGAGACAUUUCAUGUGAUAUCUGCACAGAGGAGAAACGUGUUGCUCUGAAGUCCUGUCUGGUGUGUCUGACCUCUUACUGUGAGACUCACCUGGAGCCUCAUCAGAGAGUCUCAGCCUUGAAGAAACACAAACUGAUUGAUCCUGUGGAGAAUGUGGAGGAUUAUAUCUGUAAGAAACAUGAGAGACCCCUGGAGCUGUUCUGUAGAGAUGAUCAGACAUGUGUGUGUCAGUUCUGUACUGAGGGAGAGCACAGAACUCACAACACUGUUCCCAUAGAGGAGGAGAGUGGAGAGAAGAGGACACAGAUAGGGAAAACACAGACAGAAGUCCAGCAAAUGAUCCAGGACAGACUGAAGAAGAUUGAAGAGAUCAGACACUCAGUAGAGAUCAAUAAAAAAACCACACAGGAAGAAAAGGAAGACAUUGUAAAAGUCUUCACUUCUCUUAUGAGAUCCAUUGAGAGAGUCCAGGCUGAGCUGCUUGAGGUGAUGGAGGAGAAACAGAAAGCAACAGAGAAGGAGGCCGAAGGAGUCAUUAAAGAACUGGAGCAGGAAAUCAGUGAUUUAAAGAGGAGAGACACUGAGCUGGAGCAGCUCUCACACACUGAGGACCUCCUCCACCUCCUACAGGUGAGUGUCCCUCUCUCUGCUCACCCUCCACACACCAAGAACUGGUCUGACAUCAGUAUUAAGACUGCUGUGAGUGUGGACACUCUGAGGAGAUCUCAAACUCAGAUUGAGGAAUCAUUCAGUAAGGCAGUGGAGAAGAUAACAGAGAUAGAUCUAAAGAACAUUCAGCUGUUUGCAGUGGAUGUGACUCUGGAUCCUGUUACAGCUCAUCCAAACCUCAUCCUGUCUGAUGAUGGAAAAGAUGUGAGAAACGGAAACACAAGACAGAAUCUCCCAGACAGCUCAAAGAGGUUUGAUACCUGCUGUAGUGUCCUGGGAAAGGAGGGGUUCUCCUCAGGGAGAUUUUACUAUGAGGUGGAAGUCAAGGGGAAAACUGACUGGGAUUUAGGAAUGGCCAGAGAAUCCAUUAACAGAAAGGGAAAUAUUACACUGAACCCUAAGAAUGGAUUCUGGACUGUAUGGCUGAGGAAUGGGAAGAGGUAUGAGGCCAAUGCAAGUCCCUCUGUCCUCCUCUCUCUGAAACACAAACCCCAGAAGGUGGGGGUGUUUGUGGAUUAUGAGGAGGGUGUGGUCUCCUUUUAUGAUGUGGAGGCCAGGUCUCAUAUCUACUCUUUCACUGGCCAGUCUUUCACUGGGAAACUCUAUCCAUACUUCAGUCCCUCUCCUAAUCUUGGAGGUAAAAACUCAGCUCCACUGAUCAUCACUCCUAUAAGCCAAACUGAAUGA